GCGUCAAAACCUGGUCAUAACAUGCUGCAGCAAUCACGGAAACAACACUGAUAAUCAGAUUGCUUCGGUUGAACGUGAAUAGAAAGAAUAAUUUCCUCAAGUGAAACAUAAAGCGGAUAUACAAAAAGAAACUCCUUAAGGUAUGGAAACAUUCAAGGCCUGUAUCAUGGAUUGUAACGGAGAAACCAUCAUGGAUCGUAAAGAAGAGACUAUGGCUAGAGCAGAACUACUAAAAUAUGCCUGUGAUCUCACUCUUGAUCCAAACACGGCACAUGAAAUGCUCUCGGUGGCAAACAGCAACAAAACGUUGGUGCGUAACUCAGAGCCGAUGAUUUAUCCUGAUCACCCAAACAGAUUUACCGGCCUCCCGCAGAUUCUGUGUAAAGAGCGUCUAUCUGGACGCUGCUACUGGGAGGCAGAGUGGAAAGGACUUGGUGACAUGGUGGUGUCCUAUGGAGGAAUCGGCCGGAAAGGAGAAAGUCUUGAUUGCAGAUUCGGAGCCAAUGACAAAUCCUGGAUUAUGAGCUGCUUUAUUGGAGAGAAACUGAUUGCAUGGCAUGAUAACAUGGGAGUAUAUAUUACUCUUCCAACAACUCCCUAUAACAGAAUAGCAAUGUAUCUGGAUGAGCCGGCCGGCAUUUUGUCUUUCUUCAGCGUCCCUGAUGAAAACACACUCAAUCACUUGUACACAUUCAACACCAAAUUUACUGAACCUCUCUAUGCAGGAUUUGUGCUUUAUACAGAGUCAGUGACUUUGUGUGAUCUUAAAUAAUUUGUGGACACAAAAUAUCCAGUGGCAAGUAUUUGGACUGUUGACACCCAGUCCAAAAACUUAGCUGCUCUUGUUAAUGUUUACACUGUAUAACAAUGUCAGUGUCAUUUAGACUGAAUUGCUCUGCAACUUUGGAUAUUAAAGGCUGUCCUUGUUAAAAUACUAUCAUUUAAGUAAUAACUUGCGUAAAUAAAAACUAUAUGGUAUUGCAAAA